AUGUCUUCUGGUGAUAGCAAUUUCAUCCAACAUGUAUUGCUGUGGAUAGUUGGACACGGUUUCUGGAAUAAUCUUAUUGAAAUAAGAAAAGGGGCCCAUGGAAUAGGUGUUUUUCAGAAAGGUGGAAAUCUCCAAAUAGAUGAUAUUCUAUUACGGAUCCCCAAAUCAAACAUACUAUCGCCGAAGAAUUCGUAUAUAUAUAACUUGAUAUACGAUUAUGAUACCUCCGCUGGAAGUCAUUUAAGAGAUGGAAUCCAAGGCUUAGUUUUAAGUGUAAUAUACGAGCUGUCACUAGGUGAUUCUUCCCCUUGGUUUGAUUAUUUGCAAAGUAUUGAUAUUUCACUAAAGUCUGACAAUCUGAUUGUUCCGGUAUGCCUUUGGUCGCCGGAUGAUAAACAUAAUUUAAAAAAUACGGAUAUUGACGUCCUAAACAUCAUGGACUCCUCCGAAUUGGUUGAAUUAUAUUUGGAGUGCAUUAGGUUUGCUGAAAGUUGUUCGAAAUUAUUAACUGUCCCGAAGAUUUUGAGGUUCAAUGAAGUUUCAAAGAAGGAAUUGUUAGGUGAAUACAGUGGGAGGUUAUUAGAAUUUGGAAAAAUCGUACAAUUGGUCAUGUCAAGAGCAUUUUCAAUAGAUGAAUAUUAUGAUAUGAGCUUAGUGCCUGGUGCCGAUUUAUUUAAUCAUAUAGGACCUUUGAGGAAUGAGAAUACCAUCGAAGGUCAAGAAAAUAUAGAAUUCGUCUGCGACAGGAACGCUUGCAGUGAAUGUGGAGCAAUUGAUUGUGAGGAGCAUAGUGAAUGCUUAUCUGACGACGAAGAAACAAAUCUGCCCCCCAUUGAUGAACAAUUUGAUUGCGAAAGCUGCAGAAGCUCCAUUGAGAGCCAAAAUGAGGUGCCUUUGAAGGAGAUAACUCUAGAAUAUAUCGAAGAGUUAGAGAAAUCGCUCAAUGAGGCAGAAGAAUCCCUGGAGAAAGAUUUCGAAGAUGAAGACCUGGAAAAAGAUGAAAAGGAAGAUGAAGAGGAAGAUGAACAGGAGGAUGAAGAGGAAGAUGAAAUGGGGAAGGAGCAAAGGGCCUCAGGUGAUUGUGGUUUAAAUGAGAGCGACGAUAGCCUAGAUGAGCUGGAUGAUGAUGACUUGGAACAAGAGUUGGCCGACAAUUCCAAAUGCUGUGAUAUAAUUUUAACAAAGCUGCCAAAAGAAGAAUGUGAAUUCGAAAUCUUCAACUCUUACGGGAACGACUUAUCAAAUACGUACUUACUUCAAAGAUAUGGCUUCAUAACAGAUCGAAAUCCUAAUAAUUCAGUGCUACUCACUUUACCAUUUCUUAGGUAUUUGAAGCAUUAUAAGCAAGGACUUUCUAUUCAAAGGUCAAAACAAGUAAGUGAAAAAUUCGAAUGGUUAAGGAAAGUUGGAUUUGAGCUUCUAGAUAAUCUUGUUCUUGAAACUCAUAAGAAUCAAGAGAGUGGGACUUCUUGGGAGCUUUCCCUCAAAGUGACAGAAAAUGGAUGCUCACUACAGACCUAUGUCUUAUUGAAUCUAAUUGAAUUACCAGAGAAGUUCUUUAAAGAAAUAACGAGAAAAAAGGAGAAGCACCAAAGCCCUCAGGUCGAAAAGUAUUUAUUGAAAUUUGAUCAAGAUAGGCUCAAUCAAACCGUAAAAGCAUUUUGCCAGGAAAAAUUAAAUAACUAUCCAGAACUUAUACCCAGUCCCAACUAUGAAGUCAUAAAUAGAUUUGUAGAUGAAGAAAAGAGGGUUUUGCAUAGCUUCAUAGAAAACAACUGA